GCCACCUGACGGGAGCGCGCAUCGCGGAAGGAGCUGGCGGCCGAGGCCACACACGCAGCGGGGGGAGUUAACGCCGAGCUCAACCGUCUCCUACCCGCAGGGACAUGGCAGCCGGGACUCAGUGACAGCCGCCACCCCGGCCAUGGAUUCCUGGAGGGACUGCGGGCUGGUUCGCUGGGUCUGGCAACAGCUGGGUUGUGACCCUCCAAACCACAGCGAAACACGAACAGUCUAUGUUGCAAACAGAUUCCCCCAACAUGGCCAUUAUGUUCCCCAAAAGUUUGCGGACAACAGAAUUAUAUCAUCAAAAUACACUGUUUUGAACUUUGUCCCUAAGAAUUUAUUUGAACAAUUCAGAAGAAUAGCCAAUUUUUAUUUUCUAAUAAUUUUCCUUGUUCAGCUUAUGAUUGACACUCCUACAAGUCCUGUAACAAGUGGACUUCCGCUGUUUUUUGUAAUCACAGUAACCGCCAUCAAACAGGGAUAUGAAGAUUGGCUGCGACACAAGGCUGACAAUGAAGUAAACGGAGCUCCAGUUUAUGUUGUCCGAAGUGGAGGUCUUGUCAAAACUAGAUCGAAAAACAUAAGAGUAGGUGAUAUUGUCCGUGUAGCCAAAGAUGAGACAUUUCCUGCUGAUCUGGUACUGCUAUCCUCGGACAGAGUCAAUGGUUCGUGCCAUGUUACAACUGCAAGUCUGGACGGAGAGACUAAUCUUAAGACUCACUUUGCAGUACCAGAAACGGCAGUAUUACAGUCUGUUGCAAACCUGGACACAUUAAUAGCAGUCAUAGAAUGCCAGCAGCCAGAAGCAGAUCUGUACAGGUUUGUCGGGAGAAUAACUGUGCGUCAGCAUUCUGAAGAUAUUGUAAGACCUCUUGGACCGGAAAAUUUAUUGCUUCGAGGUGCAAGGUUAAAAAACGCAAAGGAAAUUUUUGGUGUGGCGGUGUACACUGGAAUGGAAGCUAAAAUGGCUUUAAAUUACAAGAGUAAAUCACAGAAAAGGUCUGCUGUAGAAAAGUCAAUGAACACAUUUUUGUUGGUCUACCUGAUAAUUCUCCUAUUUGAGGCCAUUCUGAGCACAAUCUUAAAGUAUGCCUGGCAGGCUGAAGAGAAAUGGGAUGAACCAUGGUAUAAUCACAAAACAGAACAAGAAAGAAACAGUAGUAAGAUCCUCAAAUUCAUUUCGGAUUUUCUUGCCUUCUUGGUCCUUUACAAUUUUAUCAUACCUAUAUCCCUUUAUGUGACUGUGGAGAUGCAGAAAUUCCUUGGCUCAUUCUUCAUUGGCUGGGAUCUUGAUCUUUACCAUGAGGAGAGUAACCAGAGGGCACAGGUUAAUACAUCUGACCUAAAUGAAGAGCUUGGACAGGUGGAAUAUGUAUUUACGGACAAAACGGGGACACUGACAGAAAAUGAGAUGCAGUUUCGUGAAUGCUCAGUAAACGGAAUUAAGUACCAAGAGAUCAAUGGCAAACUUGUGCCUGAAGGAGUGACUGUGGAUUUUCCAGAUGGGCCUACUACAAGCUUAAGCAUGGAGGAGGAACUCUUCUUCAAAGCAGUCUCCUUAUGCCACACAGUCCAAAUAUGUCACGACCAAGUAGACGGCUCGGUAGAUGGUUUUCAAUGCUCAAACGGCAUAUCCCAACAACAAGAAUACUAUGCCUCUUCACCAGAUGAAAAGGCUCUAGUUGAGGCAUCCAGAAGAAUGGGUGUAGCAUUUUCUGGCACUAAUGGAGACAUUAUGGAAAUCAGAACGCUUGGCAAGCAUGAAAGGUUUAAGCUUCUUCAUGUCUUGGAGUUUGAUGCAAAUCGUCGCCGGAUGAGCGUUAUUGUUCAGAGUCCAUCUGGAGACAAAAUACUUUUCACCAAAGGAGCUGAGUCCUCUAUCUUCCCCAAUACAAAAAGUGGGGAAUUGGAAAGAACCAGGGUGCAUGUGGAUGAUUUUGCCUCAAAAGGGCUUAGAACAUUGUGCAUUGCCUAUCGGAGGUUCACAGCAGAAGAAUACUUAGAAAUUGACAGGCGGCUGCACGAGGCAAGGACAGCAUUACAACAAAGGGAAGAUCGCCUAGCAGAUGUAUUCGACUUAAUCGAGAGAGACCUGGAGCUGCUUGGGGCGACAGGUGUUGAAGACAAACUCCAGGAAAAGGUACAGGAAACAAUAGAGUCCCUCCGUGUGGCAGGGAUUAAAGUCUGGGUGCUCACAGGAGACAAACAUGAGACCGCUGUGAGCGUCAGCUUAGCCUGUGGACAUUUCCACAGAACUAUGAACAUUCUUGAACUUGUGCAACAAAAAUCAGACCGUGACUGUGCGGAGCAGCUUAGACAACUUGCAAGAAGAAUACAAGAUGAUCAUAUUAUUCAACAUGGGCUGGUUGUGGAUGGAGCCAGUCUUUCUCUUGCACUCAGGGAACAUGAAAAGCUGUUCAUGGAAGUUUGUAAGAGCUGUUCUGCUGUGCUGUGCUGUCGCAUGGCACCUUUACAGAAAGCAAAGGUAGUCAGACUAAUAAAAAUAUCUCCAGAAAAACCCAUCACUUUAGCCAUUGGAGAUGGAGCAAAUGAUGUCAGCAUGAUACAGGAAGCUCAUGUGGGCAUAGGAAUCAUGGGGAAAGAAGGACGACAAGCUGUAAGAAACAGCGACUAUGCAAUUGCAAGGUUUAAAUUCCUUUCAAAACUGCUUUUAGUGCAUGGUCACUACUACUACAUUAGAAUAGCUACUCUUGUACAGUACUUUUUUUAUAAGAAUGUGUGCUUUAUUACACCACAGUUUUUGUAUCAGUUCCUUUGUUUAUUUUCCCAACAGACACUGUAUGACAGUGUUUACUUGACGUUAUACAAUAUUUGCUUCACCUCGUUACCUGUUCUGGUAUACAGUCUUUUUGAACAACAUGUGCAUCCACAUGUAUUACAGACCAAACCUGCUCUCUAUCGAGAUAUUAGUAAAAAUGCCCUGCUUGGUUUUAAACCGUUUCUUUACUGGACAUUUUUGGGCUUUGGGCAUGCCUUUGUCUUCUUUUUUGGAUCAUACUUCCUGAUGGGCGAAGACACUUCUCUGCUUGGAAAUGGCCAGAUUUUGAAGCCUUACAGGCAACUGAUGUUUGGUAACUGGACAUUUGGAACAUUGGUGUUUACGGUUAUGGUUAUUACAGUGACCAUGAAGAUGGCUCUUGAAACUCAUUUUUGGACAUGGCUAAAUCACUUUGUUACAUGGGGUUCGAUUGCAUUUUACUUUAUAUUCUCCCUGUUUUAUGGGGGAAUCAUUUGGCCAUUUUUGCACACACAGGACAUGUACUUUGUAUUCGUCCAGCUGCUGUCCAGUGGUUCUGCGUGGUUUGCCAUCAUCAUCGUCGUUAUCACUUGUCUGUUUCUUGAUGUCAUGAAGAAAGUGGCAUACAGGCAUCUUUAUCCAACAAGUACAGAAAAGGCACAGCUUACUGAGACAGGAUCAGGUAUCAACUGCUUGGACUCAAUGUGCUGCUACACAGGCGGGGAGACAGCAUGCGUGCCUAUUAGAAGACUGCUGGAACGAAUGAUAGGGCGAUGCAACCCAGCCCGGUUCAGCAGAUCUUGGAGUGAAACGGAACCCUGCUAUUCAAAUGACAGAAGCAUCUUGACUCUUUCCGCCAUGGACUCUUCCACAUGCUAGCAGAGGUGGCCUCUGAGUCACAAUGUGCUUCCAGCAUUUAUUUUGUAAUUUAUGAACCUAAAAUAUGUAUGAUCUAGCAUCAGCAGACUCCAAUAUAGUUCAGAUAAUUUCUAAGAGUUUGGAUAGUUAACCUCUAUGAAUGACAUGAGACGUUACGUGGCCCAAACAGUAUGUAUAUCCUCAUAGGUUUGGAACUUCUGUUGAUAUCCAGCAUAUUGCACUUUGUAGUGUGUAGCAUUUGCAAUAAACUGAUGGCAAGUUAUUUACAGUUAAAAGAACAAACAAUUCCUGAACAUUUUUCCACAUAUUUCUGUAAAUAAGGUUUUGUUUUUGUAAGAACAUUAUUUUUGCAAAACUUAAUAUAUUUUGCAACCCAUAUGAAGUAAUAUGGUAAAAUGAGCUCCACAAUAUGCAGGCAUAUUUUGUAACAUAUAUAAAUGGUACUGUUAUUCCACAAAUGUUUUUUUGGUGAGUGCUGGCAUAGAUUGUUCCUGUGAAAAAUAUAUUUUAUAUAAUAACAUUUUAACAUAUGACGGAAAAAAAACAAAAACGUAUAUACCAUUGAUCUUAACAGAUCAAAUUUCAUAUCUUCAUGUUCAGAUAGCCCACAAAUGAACCAAAUGAAUGUUACAAUACAGAAGUCAAAAUGGGACAUCUACCAUUUACACAAUGUUAUAACCUUCUGUUAAGUUGCAAACAAAUCAUAUAUUUUCUUCACUUUUAAUUUUUUUUUUUCUGAAUAAUUGCAUACAUUUUCUUAGGAUUUGAAAUUUUGUCUUUGUUCUUCUACAUAGUAGUCUUGUUCUAACCAUCUAGAUAGAAUAUACCGUGAAUAGAAAGAGACAUUUUUCUAGGUCACAUUAAUUUGGUCUUUUCUACAACACAUUUUAAAAGGUCACUAUAGUCACCAAUACAACUUUAGCUUAAUGAAGCAGUUUUGGUGUACAGAUAAUUCCCCUGCAGUCUCAAUGCCAAAUUCUCUGCCAUUUAGGAUUUGUCGCUUUGUUUACACACCUCCCUGCAUGUGACUUGCACAGCCUUUUUAAAUACUUCCUGUAAAGAGUCAUCUAAUGUUUACACUUUCUUUAUUGCAAAUUCUGUUUAAUUUCGAAUUUCUUAUCUCCUGCUCUGUUCAUAGAUUGCUAGAUCCUGCAGGUGUCUCCUGUGUGUGAUUAAAGUUUAAUUUACAGAGCAGGAGAUACAGGUUUUAAAGUAAGCUACUGUCUGAUUGAAAGUGAAACCGUUUUGUUUUCAUGCAGCCAGGGGAGGUGUGGAGGGCAGCAUAAACAGAAACAAAACGGAUUUAACUCCUAAAUGGAAGAGAACUGAGCAGUGAGACUUCAGAGGCAUGAUCUGUAAAACAAAACUGCUUCAUUAAGCUAAAGUUUGGUGACUCUAGUAUCCCAUUGAAUAUGAAUCUGUUUUAUUGAAAAAAUGUCCCCUUCAUAUAAUGUUUUUAAAGUACCAUUGUUUGCUGCAUACUUGUUUCUCUGUUUACAUUGUAAUGAAUAUACAUAUUUAGCAAAGAUUUAUUUAUCAGUUUGUGUGUCAUAGGGCAGGCAACUAUGUUGUUCAUCCCACUGCUACUCAAAGAGUUAAAAUAUAUGGAUGAGAGGAGUUUUAUUUUGACCCUGUUGAAACAGGUUUUAUGUGUAUAUACCCAUUGCUAUUUUUGUUUCCGGCAGAAAUGACCACUUUUUAAAAACAGCGUACAUACAUUUUUAUUUGUUUCGGUCCAUUAAUUUUUGUUUUGUUUAUUAGACCACUCAUAAAUACAAGUUGGU